UUACCGCUAAAACCAAAGCAGCUCCAGUGUUUGUGAAUCUGCGAAACAAAGGCACUCAGGUUCAGUCUGUUCAACUUGGCAGCUUAAAAUGGGAAUCCCUGGACUUCUGCAGUUCAUCAAAGACGCAGCAGAGCCUGUCAAUGUGAAAAAAUAUAAAGGCCAGACUGUGGCUGUGGACACUUACUGUUGGCUGCACAAAGGAGCAUUUUCUUGUGCUGAAAAACUGGCCAAAGGAGAACCAACUGAACAGUAUGUUUGGUACUGUAUGAAAUUUGUAGACCUGCUGUUGAACUUCAAUGUGAAACCGAUUCUGGUGUUUGAUGGACGUAAUCUGCCUUCAAAACAAGAGGUGGAGAGGGCUCGCAGACAGCGUCGAGAAGCCAACCUUCAGAAAGGCCGUCAGUUGCUUCGUGAGGGGAAACUGUCCGAGGCCAGAGACUGUUUCAACCGCUGCGUGAACAUCACCCCAGCCAUGGCUCACAACCUCAUUAAGGUUGCCAGGCUCAGGGGGGUGGACUGUGUUGUGGCUCCGUAUGAAGCUGAUGCACAGUUGGCUUUUCUCACCAAGUCUGGUUUGGCUCAAGCCGUCAUCACUGAGGACUCGGACCUGCUGGCGUUUGGCUGUAAGAAGGUAAUCCUCAAAAUGGACAAGCAGGGUAAUGGUCUGGAGAUAGACCAGAGUCACCUGGGCCGCUGUCGGGCUCUGGGGAACGUGUUCACAGAGGACAAGUUCCGCUACAUGUGCAUCCUGUCCGGGUGCGAUUACCUGGCCUCGCUGCACGGCAUCGGCUUGGGAAAGGCCUGCAAACUGCUGCGCUUAGCCAAGGAGCCGGACAUCCUAAAGGUGAUCAGAAAGAUGGGUCAGUACCUGAAGAUGGACCUCAUCGUCCCUGAUCACUACAUUGAAGGGUUCGUCCGAGCCAAUAACACCUUCCUGUACCAGCUGGUGUUUGACCCAGUCCAAAGGAAAGUGGUGCCUCUAAACCGGUAUGCAGACCACGUGGACCCAGCCAGCCUCAGCUACGCCGGACCUCAUAUCGGAGAUGAUAAAGGUUUACAGAUGGCUUUAGGAAACCUUGACAUCUACACUCUGGAGAAGAUAGACGACUUCAACCCAGACAAACCUGUCACACAGGUUUGUAAAGCUCGCAGUCGCAGCUGGAACGACUGCCCCUCCUCCAGCGGUCCCAGUACAUCCAGUAUCUGGAGCCGAGGCUUCAAAGCGGCCUCCGCUCCCACAGCUGGACCCGCCUCAUCCCCAGACCGGCCUCCCUCCAACAGGGGAAAGGAGAGAGUCAUCAGCCUGGACGCUGUGAGGCUGCCCUGCAGAGAGCUGCAGGUGAAGAGGCCCCGUGAAGACUGUCCUCUGUCCGACCAGGACAUGCUGCAGCAGUACUCCUCCUCCUCCCACAGUCGGAAGAGAUCCAAGUCAGAGGAGCAGCAGCACAAACCCAUUCAGCCCCGGUCACGGAACUGCUUCGCUACACUGCUGCAGAAGAGGAACCAGGUCUGUGAGGACGAAGACCAGACCACCUGCUCCAGAUUCUUCAGUCCGUCAGCAGGUCGGAGCUCUAACACCUCCGUUCAAGAUGCAGAGCCCAGAAGUGCCGGUCCACCCCAGAGCCAGGCGGGCCCUGGCAGCCAGACCGGCAAUAGUGACGGUCCUGACGCCCCAUCUGUAGAGACCCCCAGCCCCCCUCCAUCUCCAUCCCAGAGCAUCACGCCUUCCCCUGCAGGGAGUCGGGGUCUACGACUGUUCCAGUGGUCCGGAACCCCCUCCUCGACAGACCAGACCGGGACACCAAAGCCCAGCUCAGGCCUGGCUGCUCUCCACAAGUUUCAUUAUAAGAGGGAGAACGUGUCCUUGUCCAGACCCCAGAGCCAGAGCAGACUAAGGGACCCUGAGAAUGAGGAGACGCCCCCCUCCCAGGACAGCGCCUACUUGGACCCUGAGGAUGAGGAGGCCUCCCCCUCCCAGGACAGCGCCUACUUGGACCCUGAGGAUGAGGAGGCCUCCCCCUCCCAGGACAGCGCCUACUCCUCCCAGUCACAGCCUGACCUCACAUCCUGCCACACAGAGGACUGCCCCACCCACUGCUUCCCUUCCACCCACCACCCACAUGCAUGCACCUCUGAGGUGAACUCAAGCCCAGACUCAGAAUCAGAGCGGAGUCCCACACAGGACAAGAAGCCCAGUAUGGGGAGGUCCAAGGUCUCAGGUCUGUCACGGCCAAAGUCCAGUGGUCAGAUUCAAACGGUCCGAGCCGGUCUGGGACCAUCCAGGGCCAGCGGACUGAAGAGGAAGUCCUGCAGGAAAACCCAGACCAACAACGAGAACAGCCCCGGGGUCCAGGAAACCAUCAGCAACCUGUGGACCAAGUUCAGCUACAAAAAGUAAAGAGUUCACAGCAGGACUAUCUGAGCAUGUGCAGAACCUCUGGUUCCAGUCCAGUCCAACUUCACUGAUGCUCCACACACAUCUGAGCCUCAUCACCACCUUCCAACCGCUGCUUCCACGCUCUCUCCUAGACCUGGACCCAGACCUGGACCUGGUCCUGGUCCUGGACUGUGUUUUAAAUAUUCAUUUGUGUAUGGUAAACUUUAAAUAAACUCUUGUGAACU